CCGGCCGGGGGCGGGCCGGGGCGGGGCCUCCAGCGGAGAGCUCACGCGCGGCGGGUGGCUUCCAGCCGCACAGGCCGCGGAGGGGCACUGCCGCGUGGUCAUCGCGGGGCGCUCGGACCAUCCUGCUGUCAGACCCGGGGCUCGGCGAGCGGCCGCGGGGGAGUCCCGGGCUCAGCGGAGCGCUGCAGUGCUUUGAGGCAACCAGGAGCUCCUGGAUGGCAGGGGUCGUCUGACCCCCUGUGCCCUGCCCAGCCCACCACUCCCACUCUGUCCUCUUACCUCCAGCCAUGGCGGCCCUCCUCACCCUGUUCCUGGCAGCCCUGGUGGGCCUCCCUCUAGCCCAGGCUCUAGACUGCCACGUGUGCGCCUACAAUGGAGAGAACUGCUUCAACCCCAUGCGUUGCCCAGCCAUGGUCUCCUACUGCAUGACCACGCGCACGUACUACACCCCGACCAGGAUGAAGGUCAGCAAGUCCUGCGUGACCAGCUGCUUUGAGACCGUGUAUGACGGUUACUCCAAACACGCCUCCACCACCGCCUGCUGCCAGUACGACCUCUGUAACAGCGCUGGCCUCGCCGUGCCCGGGACCCUGGCCCUGGCGCCCGUUCUCCUGGCUACCCUCUGGGGUCUGCUCUAAACCCCACCCCCCAGGACCCACUCCAGGACAAAGUCCUGAGAGGUUCAGCCUUUCCCUUUGACCCCGCACACCCCACCCACCAGCUGCACCCCACCCCCACCCCCACCCAGCUACCCCCAGCACUGCCUGCUAGAGGGACUCCCUCGCCUGCCUGCCACCCUGGGCCUCACUGGGCCUCGCUCCCAGACCACGACCUUCUGUUCUUGAAAGGUCGAUGUAGGCCCAGCCCUCCCAGAGGAGCCUGGUGAAGUGUGCUGCUUAGCUGGGGUCCUCUGCUGGCUGGGGAACACUGAUUUGAAGGGAGACUUGGCCCGCCUUCCUGGCAGCUCUGGGAGCCAGGCUCCGCCCCAGUCCACCAGGAAGUGUGGGGAGCCGUGGGGGAACAAGUGGGGACCCAGGAUGGGUGAGGGGCCAUCCUGGGAAGAAGGGCUUUCUGGGGCACCAGGAGGGCUGUCUUUGUGCCUCUGACUGAGGGAGCUGCCCCGAGGGAGCUGUGGCUUAGAGGCCUGAGGGAGGCCGGUCUUUGUCCCCAUCUGUUGUCCCAGGUAGAAGUGCCAGGAACCCCCCUUGGCUGGGGUUUGGGGGUGGACUCAACCUAAAGAGCACCCUGAGCGCCUCCCCCGCCCCCAGAAACCUGGUAAGGGAGUCUUCCGUUUUUGACUCUCCCCCUUCCCCACCCUGGCCUGAGGCUGGCAGGCACUUGGGGGGGGGGGGGAGCUAUAUUUGGUGAAGCCCAGAGCUGACACCAGGACUAUUUUUGGCAGGGAGGGAAGCAAGCUUGGGGGGGGGGGGGUGGCCUCUGACUCUGCCUGAGCCGGGAGAGAGAGGUCCCCCCGGGGCUGAAGAGCUCCCUCCUUGAUGUGAAGAGCGGCGUGCUGGUGCCCUCAAGCCGGUGGGGCAUUGGGACCCCCAAGAGCCCAAGAAUUGGCAUUAUUUAAAGGGUGCCCAGCCUAGGUGAACCCCAUCCCUGUCCUGGUUUGGGUAACAAGAGUCCUCCCAGCAUGGACCGUGCUGGGUAAGGGUGGCCUGGGAAACACGUCUUCCUGCCAGUGGGGCCAGGCUGUGCACAUGUCCUCAUGCCCCAGGGCACACAGGGCUUGAGGCCUUACCUGACCAGUGUCCCCAGCUCCAGCGUCCGUAGAGGAGCCCCUUCAAGCUGUCUGGGCCUAAGUUGGCAGGACAGUGGCAAAUGCUUCUAUGGUGGGAUUGUCCCUGGGACUCAGGAGCCCGUGGCCCAAGAGCGUGGCUCUCAUGGUGGGGGUGGGGGUGUGGAGCUGGACAGUGUGCCCAGAGAGUUUCACCCAGGCCCUUCUGGAACUCAAGGGACUGGGAGACCCUCGGGCGGGGUCCUCAGGCUUGACUGGCUGCCUGGACCUCCCAGAACGUCCUGGAAGAUGGGCCUCAUCCUGGGCCAGAAGGCGCUGCACUCAAGGACCACCUGGUCACCAGCUCAGUCCCCACAGAGACCUGGGCGUCUCUGUCCUCCACAGCCCAGUCCAGUGUGAGCGCUCCCUGGGGGAGGCUGGGAGCAAGCCGGACCCCAG